GGCUCAUGCUGCUUUUCUAACGGACACUCCCCCAUCUUGCCUCCCUCACACACACAGCCUCCGUGUAAAGACAGGAGGAGUGCAGUCCUGCCACAGGCUGUUGAAACCGGACAACUCUGCUUGUAAGGUGGAGAGAGCUUAUCUGAGAGAGAAAAUCUGAGGAGGGUCCCAGUAACAGAACACGCUACAAUCCUUCAUCAACAUGGGGGCUGUCGUCUCACGGUGGAGGGCAAAACCUUCCACUGUGGAGAUUUUGGAGGGAAUUGAUAAGGAUAUACAGACUCUUGAAGAAUACAGUGAGAAGAAUCAGAGGCAGUUGAAGAUAUGGGUCGGGCGACUGCUUCUGUACUCGUCUCUCCUCUACCUGAUCACGUGUAUAGUUGUGUAUUUCUGGUACCUACCUGAGCAGCUGAUGGGGAGGCUCAUAUUGUCUCUUCCCUUCCUAAUAUUUCCAUUGCUAGUUUGGUUACUCCGAAAAUUGCUUAUAAUUAUUUUUUCACGAAGAACUGAAAAAAAUAAUGACAAAUUAGAGGAUCUUAAAGCACAAAAAAGGAAAAUACUUGAAGAAGUGAUGGAGACAGAGACAUAUAAAAAUGCUAAAAUGAUUCUGGAGAGAUUUGAUCCUGAUUCCAAGAGGAAAAUUGAGCUUGAAUCCACUCCAGUUGGACCUCAGAUGACUCCAAAACCAGGACAAGAGCUCCGCCAGCGCAAUGUCAUCCCAAAGACCCCCCCAGUGGUCGUGAAUCCUGCAAGCGGAGCAGCCGCCCGCCCUCCUCUUGCCUCUGGGCCCACCUAUCCUGGACGAGCUUCCCACUCUGCUCCAGGUGGACCCCCAGAGAGGAACCUGUCGGCUAUAGCUGCUCAGCAGAGCUUGAUGAGGAAGCCUGUGACCCCUGGAACACCUGUUCCAGGAGUCGGGAUGCACCCCCCAGGCCCGCCCCUGGCCAGACCUUUGGUCCCAAGGGAAAGAGGCGCUAUGGACAGAGUCAUUGAGUAUCUUGUUGGAGAUGGCCCUCAGAACAGAUACGCUCUCAUCUGUCAGCAGUGUCUGUCCCAUAACGGCAUGGCAUUAAAAGAGGAAUUUGAAUACAUUGCCUUCCGAUGUGCGUAUUGUUAUUUCUUGAACCCUGCAAGAAAGACCAGGCCUCAGGCACCCAGACUCCCCGAGGUCUCUGGUGAACUGAAGAUGUCAUCUGAGGCACCGUCACCAUCGCCUGCUGCUGACUUAAGUGGUGACCAGUCUGUUUUAGGACAAACCAAGCUGGCUGAUGUCUCAGCUGAAACAGACACCCAGGAGCCAGGCACACCAACAACCACAGAGCCCAGCUCUGCGUCAGACGGCCAGAGCACCCCAGAGUCACAAGAUCUGCCCUCUGAGAAAUCUGACGGAGAGCACGACGAGUCUGCCAUGGAAGUGGAAUAAAACAGUGGAGCGUUGAUUUCGACACAAGUCAGGCUGGAACUUUAUUUUUUCCUUAGAAGAAAUGCGAUAUAACGGUUAAUGUAUAAGUAAAUGCCGUGAGUUGGAGUAACACGACAGCAAGUCAGCAGUUGAUGUGAUUUUCAACUUACAGUACAGCUUGUCCUUUCUUUUGAGAAUUGCUUUUAUAUUUCCAGCAAUAGUAAUGAAUUAAAUAGUAAAUCUUUAGCUUUUAGUCGCCACCACCACCAGACAUACCACCAGUAUGAUUACAUGUGUAGCCCAUUAUCACGUUAAUCAGAGCAAUAAGGAUUUUGCAGCAUUAAUUUUGUUUAUGAUGUAUAUGAAAAGUCUUGUCCCAUGUUUUCCUUUUUCCAUAUUUUAUUUGUUUUCACCUGAAUGUCCAACAGUAUUCUGACAGAGGUAAUUGGAAACUGCGGAAACAAAACAAGAAAUAUGUUGUGGGGGGAAGUUUUAUUUAUGGGAAAUUAUUUAUAAAUAUUUUUCUAUAAUGCUGUGCCUUUGGUGACAGUGUUGACCGGGGUACUCUGCAGCACGGUGGUGCUAACAACAUGUUUACACAGCUACGGUACCGUACUAGGAAUGCACAUACAGUUUAUAUUUAUUGCUAAAAUGGGAGGGAAGGAGAUUUAUGUCAGUACUGUGCAGCUACCUUAAGUGCCUUUUAUAUUUUAAAUCUCUGCUCCAGUGUUGUCGAUAAAACCUAUUUACAUAUAGACAGUAAAGUCAUUUAACUGUUUACACACUGUAUGUUUGCUGUAUAAAUAAUACUAAAUAAACUUUUGAGAACAUA